AUGCUCCUUUCAGUGCGAGCUGGUUGUCAAAGGAGGCCAUGCGCGAGCUUUGUGCGCCUUGCAAAGCACCGCGCGCACCGACGGGACUCUUCGAAAAUAUUGGUGCAAUGGCGAUUAUAUGCGACUGGGUCCGGUGCACCGGAGAGUAAAGGCUCAAGAAGCUCACAGGCCCGGUUUAAUGAAAUAGGGGUUCAGCAACUUAGCAGUCAUGUCUAUUCACAGAUCUUCCUUGGUAAUACGGCCCCUCCUCCUAAACAGCUCGUAGACCUCUCCAAGGACCAUCUGCAGCGACAUCAGUUAUUAGGGAAGAACACAGACACCACUCCGCCGAUUUCGUUUGAUCUCCCCAAGCUUCAGGGAAAAACUCUCGACGAACACUUCUACAAACUGGGCGUUGAUGCUGCAGAACCGUAUCUUUCGCAGGCCACCCAAUUUACAAGAGCGAAUGCCCCCCCAAAACCCCGGAAAUGGGUCCGGAGAAGCGGGUGGACAAAAUAUUAUGGCGAUGGCCGUUCCGAGGCUGUCGAUGCCCCCGAGGAGGAUAUGUUGUGUUUUGAUACAGAAGUCAUGUGGAAGGAGAGCUCUUUUGCUGUGAUGGCAUGUGCGGUCAGUCCGACGCACUGGUAUGCCUGGUUAUCGCCAUGGCUACUGGGAGAGACAGAGAACGACCGGCAACUUAUACCACUCGGAGAUCCCAAUCGUCCCCGGAUUGUAAUCGGCCAUAAUGUUGGCUACGAUCGAGCGCGGAUUGCGGAAGAGUACGAUAUACAUCAGUCGAAAACCAGCUUCCUGGACACUAUGUCGUUACAUGUGGCUGUUAAUGGGAUGUGCUCUCGCCAGAGGCCAACAUGGAUGAAACAUAGGAAAAAUCGAGAAUUGAGGGAUAAAAUUGCUAGCGAGACAGACAAUGUUGAGUUGGCCAACUUACUCGGAAACAAGGCACUGACGGAGGAGGAAGAGGAGCUAUGGGUUGGACGAAGUUCUAUUAAUUCUUUACGGGACGUGGCCAAGUUCCACCUGGACAUCACUAUCGACAAGGCACAGCGAGACCAAUUCGGAGAGCUCGACCGAGCCGGUGUGCGAGAUAAGCUGGAUGAGUUACUGGAUUAUUGUGCUGCGGACGUGGCGGUCACCCAUAGGGUUUAUAAGAUUGUAUUCCCGAACUUUUUGGAGACCUGUCCGCAUCCUGUCAGUUUCGCAGCACUGCGUCACCUUGCCUCUGUUAUUUUACCUGUGGAUAAGUCAUGGGAAUCAUACAUCGCAAAUUCGGAGGCGACAUAUCUCAAAUUAUCGGAUGCUGUCCAGGAAAGACUCAUUACCUUGAUGGAAAAGGCCCUCCUGCUAAAAGCCGACUCCGAGAAAUGGAGUAAUGAUCCAUGGCUGAAGCAGCUGGAUUGGUCGGGUCAGGAAAUCAAAAUGGUCAAAGGCAAGAAGAAAAAUGACCCCCCUCGGCCCGCUGCCCGGCAGAAACUACCUGGAAUGCCUCAGUGGUACAAGGACCUUUUCCCCAAGAAAGACGGACCAAUUAACAUAUCUGUGCGGACUCGCAUUGCCCCCCUACUGCUACGAUUAUCGUGGGAUGGGCACCCUCUAGUUUGGUCGGAUAAGUAUGGGUGGACUUUCAGAGUGCCACUUCCAGAGGCCCAUAAGUACAAGGAGAAGCAGAUGCAAGAAUGUACGGCUUUUGAAGAGAAGGAUAUUUCACUGCGGGAUGACCGGAGUGGCGCUUAUUUCAAGCUGCCUCACAAAGAUGGACCAACUGCUCGUUGUGCUAAUCCCAUGGCGAAGGGCUACAUGGCCUACUUCGAGAAGGGAAUUCUUUCGUCUGAGUUUCCGUAUGCUAAGGAGGCACUCGAGAUGAAUGCUUCCUGCUCAUACUGGAUCAGUGCCAGAGAUCGGAUCAAGUCUCAGAUGGUUGUCUACGAGAGUGAUUACGCCAAAAGCCCACAUAAAAAUAAGGGAGCGGUAGAGACUGGCUAUAUCCUGCCGCAAGUCAUUCCAAUGGGGACAGUCACCAGACGGGCAGUCGAAAACACAUGGCUUACAGCAAGUAAUGCCAAAGCUAAUCGUGUCGGAUCCGAGCUCAAAUCGAUGGUUAAAGCUCCGCCUGGAUACUGCUUCGUGGGCGCAGAUGUGGACUCAGAAGAACUCUGGAUUGCCAGUCUUGUUGGCGAUUCGCAAUUUAAUCUCCAUGGAGGCAAUGCGGUUGGGUUCAUGACCUUGGAGGGGACGAAAGCAGCCGGGACAGACCUGCAUUCUCGGACAGCAGCGAUCCUCGGAAUAACGAGAAACGAUGCCAAAGUAUUUAAUUACGGUCGUAUUUACGGAGCUGGCCUCAAAUUUGCGUCUACUCUACUUAGGCAAUUCAAUCCCAAUCUUUCGGAGGCGGAGACGACAAAAGUUGCUUCCGCACUAUACCGCGAGACAAAAGGUGCGAAAACAAAUAGGAAAGUUCUACAUAAAAGACCUUUCUGGCGAGGUGGAACGGAGAGUUUCGUGUUCAACAAACUGGAAGAGUUUGCUGAGCAAGAGCGACCGCGUACGCCAGUCCUUGGAGCUGGUAUUACUGAAGCUCUGAUGAGUCGAUUCGUCAACCAAGGGGCGUUUAUGACUUCGAGAAUUAACUGGGCGAUUCAGUCCUCGGGUGUCGAUUAUUUGCACCUCCUUAUCGUCGCCAUGGACUACUUGAUCCGUCUGUAUAAUAUCGACGCACGAUUGGCAAUUACGGUGCACGACGAGAUCAGGUAUCUAGUGCGCGACGAAGACAAGUACAGAGCAGCAAUGGCGUUACAAAUCUCCAACGUUUGGACACGUGCAAUGUUCUCCCAACAAGUGGGGAUUAACGAUCUCCCUCAAUCCUGUGCCUAUUUCUCAGCCGUCGACAUCGACCACGUUCUCCGCAAGGAAGUAGAUAUGGACUGCGUUACGCCCUCUCAUCCUGAGAAAAUCCCGCAUGGCGAAUCCCUAGAUAUAACAACCCUCCUCACCAACCCAGCAUCCUACCUUGACCCAAACAUCAUCCCAACCGACCCUCCAAACCUCACCGCAAUCCCCUACUCGCCUCGCGUCCCGGUCAUGGAAACCCUCAAAUCCAAUACCGACAUCAGCUUCCUCAAAGCUCAAAUCACAGCCGAUGACAAAGAACUCCGCGAUAUCCUCAAAGAACAACGCAAGUCCGCAGAAGCCGACGCCCCGCCUAAGAAACGCACCACUAUAAAAUCUACGCGUACACUCCAGCCAUAUCAAGCUCACCCCCAGAUGAUGGAGCAACCUUUGGUUUCGGAUUUGCUGGGUAACAAGUUCAAGCAAAGCUACGAGAGCUCGCGGCAGAAGAACUGGGGUUGGGAGAGACAGACCAAUGCUAGGACGAGACCUACGACAAGAUGGUAA